UAUUCCACCUCUACAGCGUCGCGUCAAGUUUCGAUUCGGGAUUCGGGUGUUAAAAAAAAUACAAAAUACAAAGCUAAUCAAUCAGAUAUCCGAUUAGAUAUACGUACACGACGGGGUUGAUUUAAGCGACAGAAUCAAAGGCACGCAGCUUAAUAGUGCGACGUUUUUCGGGUGCCAAGAAUCCACACUACCAGCGCACACACACUGCAAAGACAGAAAGCCGGCUCAGCAGGAGGCCAAAACCGUUUUCCACACGCAUGAGAUGUAAAUGAGAUGCCGUCGCGCCGGCAGCAGAGGCCACAGCAACCACAACCACUCCGGUAUCGCUAUCGAUGCCAUCAGCAAGAAGAGCACCAGAAGCAUCUGUUAAUUGAUUCAAAAGUGGAGGAGAUUAAGCAGCAAGAAGACUAAGAGAUAGGGGAACGAUAAAAUAUAAAUCUAGGCAAGGCAAGGAGGAAGAUCUCACGAGGCGGAGGAUUCGGUCGAGGUCCACACACGCCACACAUCUAAAAUGAAGCGACGCAACGCGGAUUGCGGCAAGCUGCGCCGGCCGAUGAAGCGCAACAAAAUCACAGAGGGCAUGUACGGCAGCACAACUGUUCUGUACAUGAAGUUUCUAAUACUUUGGGCAAUCGUUAUGGUGGCGGACUUCAUGUUCAUGUUCCGCUUCGAGUUCUUAUGGCCCUUCUGGCUGCUCCUGCGCUCAGUGCACGAUUCUUUCAAGUACAAGGGCCUGGCCUUCUCCGUGCUAUUCGUAUGCAUAGCGAUAACGUCGGAUCUGGUCUGUUUGUUCUUCAUACCCGUUCACUGGCUACUCUUCGCGGCCAGCACGUAUGUCUGGGUGCAGUAUGUCUGGCACACAGAUAAAGGCAUCUGCUUGCCCACCAUUAUACUCUGGAUGUUGUUCGUCUAUCUGGAGGUGGGCAUUCGAUGGAAGGACAGUCGCCAUAUGCCGCAUUUAGAUCUCUGCCGGCCGUUCGCGGCGCACUGUAUUGGCUACCCAGUUGUCACACUUGGAUUCGGCUUUAAAAGCUAUGUGGGCUACCGUAUGCGCCAGCGUAAGCAGCGCGAGGUGGCCAAGGACAACGAGUUUUAUAUGCAGCUCCUUCAGCAGGCGCUGCCGGCCGAAGAGGCUGCCGAGGAGGCGGCAACUGCGGGAGCUCCUGCCUCCUCCAGCACGGCUGUGGUGGCCAACGGAUCGGCGACGUCGCCCGGCCUGGUCACUCCUACCACAGUGGCCGCGGCAGCCAACGGAAUUUUGGCCACUGCCACGCAAGCACAAAACCAUCACGAGCAUCAUCACAGCGGCGGCGCCGGCGCCAGCAGCAGCUCUAGCAAUCAUCAUCAUCACCACCACAACAACAGCGGCAGCAAUGGGAAUGGCAGCAGCAGCAACCCAAAUAGCAGCAGCAAGGAUAACAGUGCCGGCGACAACUACAAUAGCAGCUCGACGGCGUCUGCUUUGUCAUCGUCUUCCGCUGCAGGUGCGACGACAGUGACUUCCUUGUCCUCCGGUUCCUUUCCGUCUGCAAAUUGUUCGGGCAAACAGUCGACGGUGUCGGCGGCAUCAGCAGCCACAACAGGUGCAGCAUCCACUUCUUGCAAUAUCGCCUCAUGUCACUCCGAUAGAACAACUAUGGCAAUUGUGGCUGCGAGCCCGGCGACACAGCACCAAAACCAGCCUUCUUCGGCCUCCUCUUACAAGAGUACCUUUACUUCAGACAGUGCUGAUGCUGACGGUUGUUGUGGCGCCACCUCCAACGGACAUGCUGGCGGUUCAAGGAACCACCGCCGCAGCAUGGACAAGGAUAAGCAUCGGAAUAAGGCCGACGCUGCCGAUAACGAGCACAACAACGCUACACGGCAUGGGGGUAAAAAUAGCAACCAUAACUAUCACCAAGUCGAUAGCAGUGCUGCCACAGCAACCACAUCAGCCGCAACAGCCACAUCAAGUAAUAGUAAGGAUAAGGAUAAGGAGAAGUCAGACUGGGAUAGCAACCACUAUCCACAACAACAGCAGCAAGGGGGAAAAGAUAAGCACGACAAAAAGGCAAGCAAUGCGGUGCCGAAUGGAAAUGCGAAUCAUUUGGAGGCUGAAGAAACCACGUCGGUUGAAGCGACAGCGCCAACUGAAAAGGCGCCUAAAGGUCGACGCAAUCGCGGGAAAAAGGACAACACUGUCAAGGACAAUCACAGCCACCAACAGCAAUUGGCCCAGCAACAGAAGGAAAAGGACAAGGAGAAUACGGCCAACAACAAUAACAAUGACACCAGUUCAGUGUCAUCGUCUGCGAGCUCCACAUCGAGCGAUGCCAUUGCCAGGAUCGCCAGCAAGGUGGUGUCCAAGAUAUGUGAAACCUGUUCCAAGCUAGAGGCUGACUUAAAGAAGUACCGCGCCGAAAUUAGUCAUAUGAAGCAGAUCGAGAAUGAGCUGCGCCAGAAGUUGGACGCCAAUCUCACCAGCAAGUCUACCCUGCAAGCCAAGCAGAAGGAGUGCGACGAGCUGGAGAAGCGUAUUCAGGAGCUGAACAAUGCGCGCCAUUCCGACAUGCUGAACUUGCAAACCGUGGAGAGGAGGCUGAACGAGGAGCGCCGCCAGAAGCAGUCUCUGGACUCUCAGCUGGCCAACGAGAAGAAGGCGCGAAAGGCAGCCGAGGAAAAGGCUGCCCGUCCUGAAUGCAGCUCCCAGUGCAAGCAGCGUCGGCAGCAGAUGGACGAGGAACUGAAGCGGCUACGCUCUGAACUCAAGCAAUCGGAAGAGUCCAAGCAAUUGGCGGUGGAGCAUGGACGGAAAUUGGAACAAGAGUAUCGUAUGCUCGAGGCCAAAUUGCGAAAUCUUGAAUCCUCCCAGCCCGAUCCGGAGUUGCUGAUGAAUGCCCUGGCCGCCAUGCAGGAUAAGAAUGCUACGCUGGAGAAGAAUCUAUCCGCAGAGACGAGAGUCAAGCUGGACUUGUUCUCGGCUCUAGGCGCAGCCAAGCGCCAGAUUGAAAUAUCUGACAACCAUCGUCGCUCCAAGGAGGAAGAGGUCGUUGAUCUCAAGGCAAAGAUAGCCCAGCUACUGGCUGUAAUGCCGGACACACUGUGCAUGAACACGGGACCCCAUGGCCCGACUAGCAGCCUACUGCGCAUGAACGAUACACCGCCAUUGCAGUCGGGUCCAGGACCGUCCUCUCCCAUGCUUAGCCUGAGCGGUGCGCAGGAUUAUCAGCAGCAUCAGCAGCACCAACAACAUCAGCACCAGCAGCAUCAGCAGCACCAGCAGCAUCAACAGCAUCAGCAGCACCAGCAGCAUCAACAGCACCAGCAGCAUCAGCAGCAUCAGCAACAUCAGCAGCAUCAGCAGCACCAGCAGCAUCAACAGCAUCAGCAGCAAGGCGGUGUGUCCGUCUCCCAGCAGCAGAUGGUGCCGGUCAGUGUGGCUGCCGCCCUGCAGGUGGCUGCGGCCAAUGCUGCUGCCGCAAACGGAAACGGAUCGUCCACGCUGGAUCCUAAUGCCAGUGUGUACACGCCCAAGACGGGCAACAUGAUGGUGGUGUCGCCGGUGGGCAUGAACCCGAAUGGUACGGAUGCCUGACGCCAAAAGCAACAGCAGCAGUCCUUGACGCCCUCGUCGUCGUCUUCGUCCUCGCACCUGCACCUGCGUCGACAAGUUUGAGAUUAUUAUACUUUAUAUGAACUAGGGAAUGCAUCCGCUACCAUGAGCAGCCCGAUGCAGGAGCCGGAUUCACAGCCGUUUGCAUCCAAUAUCUGAAUGUCCGUAAUAUGAAUAAGCAGUUUUCUUUCAAAUUUAAUCAGAGCCUCAGAAUGCAGCUCACUUCAAGCUCCCAGCUCCCAGAAUUGCUGAACAAUUCUCUCUUUACGUUUUUUUUUUUAUUUACAAUUUUUCUAAAAGUUACCCUUUUUUAUUUUUUUUUUUAUAUUUGGCAUUCCAAUUACAAUUGUCCUAGAAGGCCUAAACGCUUUCCCUUGAUUGAUUGAGACCUACCAGCUCAUGUCAGCCACUUGUUUUGGGCCAGCUGGCCGCCUACAAACACACCAAAUACACAUUCAGUAUCUCCCUUCUACUACGCAAAGUAAACGAUUACUUUAACGGAUGAUUUGAAAUCUAAAUCACACUUAAAAAACAACAUAAAAACAAGAAAACAAAACACAAAAUUUCUAAAAAUAAUAACGAAAUGAAAAAAGCGAUUCGCAUUUUUGAUUGAUGAUGAUGAAUUCCAAGGACCAAGGACCCUACGGAAUUCGACGUAAUAUAUAUAUAUUUCCUUUUAUCAAACGCUGUGAGACAGUUUGACCAACCAUAGUGAUGGCCUUUGACCCUGGGAGGGGGAUGGCUGCUGCCAACUCCGCGAUCGUCCGCCUCCCAUUCAAGGGAAUAUUUUUUGAAGUCUGCGCCCUUCAUUUAUUAUCUCAUUAAAUUAUUUUGUUAUAAAACCUUUACUAUAUGAUAUAAUUUAGAACUUAUUUCUUGAAAAAAAAAACAAACAAAAACAUCAAACGAAACGAUUUCUUUUUAAGUUUUAAUUUAUUUUUGUUUAGUUCUGCUGUUCCUAAGAAAGAAAAGAAAAAAAAAAGUAAGAAUCGAAAGCCACUAAGAAAGAGCGCUUAAGUUUAUUUACGAGAAGUGAAACGACGACUAUUUUGUUUAAAUAAUAAAUGAACAACUGUUCGCUGUGUGAAGCAAGAA